AGCAAGUUGCGCGCCGGUUCUCGAGUGGAAGAUUCGCGCUCCCCCCUCCCUCUUCGCUAUUACGUCGCGCGGACGGAGCUCCGCGAAAGAGGAAGCGGCGUCGGUCUCACACGGAGGAGGAGGAGGAGGAAGGGGCGCCGGCGUGACGAGAUGUUGGCGGAAGAAGCGCGGGGAGCUCCCGACGGUGGCUGAGGAGGCUGCACAGCCCGGCCUCCCGCCUCUCCCUCAACCCGGCCCUCCGUCCUUCUCCCUCAAGUCUCCGAUAAGCUCCGGCUCAUGACAGCGAGCUCCUGGCGGGGCGGGCCAGGCGACAGCGAGCCCGGCUGAGGAGGGAAUAACAGCGCCGCCUCUUCGCUUCAGGAGCCUGCACGCACCGCUGCCUUCGCCGCCGCCAAAGUUUGCUGCUCGCGGGCGGGCGCAGAAAAGACGCUGCUGCUGGUGGUGGAGGACUAAAGUUUCCUUUUUAAAUUAUUUUUAUUUUGGCGGCUCCGCUGCCUGGGAAUCUGGACGCGGGAGGGGGCAGCUCUCAGCUGUGUUUCCUCCCCCCCUCCCCCAUUCAUCACAUAUUGGGUGUUUUUUUUUUCUUCCUUCCCUUUUCCUGGAGAAUAUUGGAUUAAGAGUUACCCUUUCUCUCCUCCGCUUUCCUUGUACGAAUAUCCCCCCUCCUUCCACGGAGAUGUCGGAUUAAGUGCCCCCCCUUCUUUGGAAGCCCUCCUUUUCUGGGGGUGUUGGAUUACAAGCCCCCUUUAUUUGGAAGACCCCGAUUCCUGGAGGUGUUUGGAUUAAGACACUCCCCCCCCCGGAUUUAGUAUCUCUCCCCCACCUCCAAAUUUGGAAGCCCCCUUCCUUGGGGCACUGGAUUAUAGUGCGUCUUUCUCUCCUUUCUUGGGGGGGGGUGUUCGGCUAGGAGCGCCCCCGCCGCCGCUGCUGCCUGCUCUGCCUUCCCUCCCUGGUGUGAUUAUAUGCUUCAAGAGAGAGGCGACGAACCCCCCCUGUGUCUCGUCCGCGCCCAGCCAUGUCGACGGCUAUCUCUGCCGCGGAAAAAGUGGAUGGCUUCACGCGGAGGUCGGUGCGCAAGGCGCAGAAGCAGAAGCGAUCGCAGGGCUCCUCGCAGUUCCGUACCCAGGGCAGCCAAGUGGAGCUCUUCCCGCUGCCCCAGCUCAAAGAUGCCACCUCAAAUGAACAGCAAGACCUCUUUUGUCAGAAGUUACAGCAAUGUUGUGUACUGUUUGAUUUCAUGGACUCUGUGUCUGACUUGAGGAGCAAAGAAAUUAAAAGAGCAACACUGAAUGAACUGGUGGAAUAUGUUUCGACAAAUCGUGGAGUGAUUAUUGAAUCAGCAUAUUCUGACAUAGUGAAAAUGAUUAGUUCUAAUAUCUUCAGAACACUUCCACCAAGUGAAAAUCCAGAUUUUGAUCCAGAAGAAGAUGAACCUACGUUAGAAGCUUCAUGGCCCCAUAUACAGCUGGUGUAUGAAUUUUUAUUAAGGUUUUUAGAGAGUCCUGAUUUCCAGCCUAGUAUUGCAAAGCGUCAUAUUGACCAGAAAUUUGUACAGCAGCUGUUGGAGCUUUUUGAUAGUGAAGAUCCACGAGAGCGCGACUUCCUAAAAACAGUGCUUCAUCGAAUUUAUGGCAAAUUCCUUGGAUUAAGAGCAUUCAUCAGAAAACAAAUCAACAAUAUUUUUCUCAGGUUUAUAUAUGAAACAGAACAUUUCAAUGGUGUUGCUGAGCUACUUGAGAUACUAGGAAGUAUUAUCAAUGGUUUUGCAUUGCCACUGAAAGCAGAACAUAAACAGUUCCUUAUGAAGGUUCUUAUUCCUAUGCACACUGCAAAGGGAUUAGCUUUAUUUCAUGCACAGCUGGCCUACUGUGUUGUUCAGUUCCUGGAGAAAGAUAUGACAUUAACAGAACCGGUUAUCAGAGGAUUGCUCAAAUUUUGGCCAAAAACGUGCAGCCAGAAAGAGGUCAUGUUUUUAGGUGAAAUUGAAGAAAUCCUGGAUGUAAUAGAGCCCACACAGUUCAAAAAAAUACAAGAGCCUCUCUUUAAACAGAUAGCCAAGUGUGUGUCAAGUUCACAUUUUCAGGUUGCAGAAAGGGCUUUGUACUUCUGGAAUAAUGAAUACAUUCUUGGUCUGAUUGAGGAGAACAUUGAUAAAAUUCUGCCAAUUAUGUUUGGUAGUUUAUACAAGAUUUCCAAAGAACACUGGAAUCCGACCAUUGUAGCAUUAGUAUAUAAUGUGCUGAAAACACUGAUGGAGAUGAAUGGGAAACUAUUUGAUGAACUCACGAGCUCUUAUAAAGCAGAAAGACAAAGAGAGAAAAAGAAAGAGCUUGAACGUGAAGAACUGUGGAAGAAGCUGGAAGAGCUAAAGCUACUGAAAGCUCAGUCUGACCAGCUGAGUAAUGCAUCCUCCAUGAUAAAUACACCAAAUGAUGAAGUGCCAAAUGAGAGCCACAGCCUCUGUUUGUGAGGCAGACCUUUUAUAGACAAGGUUUUUUUUAAAUAUGUAAAAAAUGCAAAAGAGAAACCUCAUCAGUAUAUUUGAAAUGGCCAUUUUUUUUUCCUCUGGCAAAAUGUAAAUGAAAUUUUUUGAACUGAAAUACAAUAAUUGAAUGUGACAUUAUUUACCACAGCAUAUUGUAAAUUUGUCUCUAAUCAUUGCUAUAUUGUCACUUCUGACAUUUCACAGAAAUGAAUUUUAUCAUCCAUGAUGUGUGUGAUUUAAUUAUGGGAGUGGUGAAAAUUAUGACUUGAAUUUUUCUUUUUUUGAUUGUGUUGCACAUAGGCAUAGAGGUCAGCUAUUUACAUUUCCCCCCUAUGUGCUUUUCACAUUACUGCAGGCUUGGGCUGAGAUUCUGGAAGAGACUUUGUAGCUUUGCUGUAUUUUUUCAAAUAAAACAGACUGUAAUCUUAUGCUGACCUGUGGGAGUGAGCCCCAUUAAACUUAGUGGAGCUUGCUUCUGAGUAUACAUGCAUUGGAUUGGUUUGAAAUCUGAAUCUGGAUGUGAUACCACAGCUUUCAGAGCUAUUGCUGCAUAGAGUGUUCCAGAGAGGAAAGAGCCAUGGGGUAGAGAGGGUAGCCUGUUUCAGGCAUUCUGUCCUCUCCACCCCCACAAUUAUCAAGGUGGGCGGCUGCAGAAAUGGCGAUGACACACAGAAGUGGGAGCAACCAUCUUAUCCUGCUCCAAGUGAUAGUAAUUGUGUAGGGGGAAGAAUGCCUGCAUAAGGCUUACGGGUUUAAAUAAAACACAAGUACAACAAAUGAUGUAGCACACAUGAGCUCUGGUUGAAUAACAAAGAAACAUCAGCUUCUACUCUAGGAUUGCCUUUGCUGCCCACUUAGCCCUUAUGUCUGUCUCUCUCUCUAGUAAGGAGUCAGUAGUUAUGUUUCAGGUCCUACACCUGAGAAUUGGAGCCUAUCAAUGAUACUCCUAACUUAGUUCAAGGGUUCUUGUAGAGCCUAGCAGCUCUUGCUUUCAACCUGGCUCUGCAAGAUGGUCCAGCUUCUCAUUAAAAACUUGGGUUGAGCAAUUCCUAUCCAGGUAUAGGAACAUCUAUGUGAUGCAACAGUUCUCUAAGGAAAAUACAGUGUGCUUCUUUAAGAUGGCAAAAGCUGAUGUUAGAAGUUUUGUCUGUUUUCAUUUGAUCAGGUGGAGCAUUUUUUUUUGCAGAUCUUCCUAUCAGAGUACCAUUCCAGUCUCUUAAAUUGCAACUGUGUGGAAAAUGGUUUUGUACUGAAAGAUUGAGGGAUUGCGCAGCAUUCAAUAAAGUCUUUAUGUUUGUAA